AUGUCUCUCGCAGACUCGAUUUUCCACUUUAUUUACGGCCUUCCGCCUGCAACUACUUCCAAACGGAAAGAACCAAUGCAGAUCUUGGCUGUCGGCAUUUCUAGAUCUGCCACCGAGUCUCUUCGCGAGGCGCUUCAUGUGCUUGGCUUCAAUCACACAUUCCAUGGGUUCGAUACCAUUCUCCCGCCAUCGUCCCUGGAGGCAAUUUAUCGGCUUCUACAGAAGAAGUACAACACUGCUCCAAAACACGGCGAAACAAACAAGUUGACUGCCGAAGAUUUUGACACUGUUCUAAGCGAUUGUGUCGGUGUCAGCGACCUCUUCGCAGCAGAAUUCGCUCCCGAACUCGUCGCAGCCUAUCCCAACGCGAAAGUAAUUCUGAAUACUCGCCAAGAUCUCGAUAGCUGGUACACCAGCAUGCAACAAACAAUGGGAUAUUUCGAUAAAAACCCUGCUGACUGGGACUGGGUCAAGAGCUGGUUCAACGCGGAUUUGUUCUGGAUUCGACAAACGAUGUGUCGCACGAUGAUGCCACGAUUCUUCCGAGGUAGCUUCGCUGCAAAUGGUAAAUGGGUCUAUGAACAACAUGUGGCUAUGGUUCGAGGACUGGGAUUACCUCAAGAUCGGUUGCUGGAAUGGUCUGUUGGGGAUGGCUGGGAACCGCUUUGCAAGUUUCUGAACAAGGAUAUCCCACAGGAAGCAUUUCCUAACGGGAAUCCACCUAAAGCAUGGGCGGAGCGUAUCGCCACUACUAUGCAGGCUCAUCAUGAACGAGCUUUGAGGAAUAUGGCUAUUUUUGGGGCUGGUAUGUUUGCCUUGGCUUUAGCCUUUGGUAUAUAUAUGCUCAAAUGA